UCAUCAACAGCCGCCAUCUUGGGUUGUUGAGAUCAGUAAAUUUGGAUUAUUUUGAAGACAAUAAUUCGAUGAAGACUUCCAUUCAUUGGAUUAUGACCAAAUGAUUUUCAUCAUAAUUUAUCGUUGAAAAUUUUGAGAUCGGAUUUUGGACAUUCCGAUUGAUUUUGUUCAAGAUGUGAGCCUAAUAUAUUCGGAAUGUGAUCGGCUUUGUGAUGAACUCUCGGUGUGAAUCGAAAUUGGGCUUUCCAAAUAACAAUAUUCGGAAAUGUAAUGCAGUUAUGGCCGAAAUUUUAAUUUGUGCGGUAUUCUUGAACAUUCAUUUUAAUCUGACUGACUCUGGAUCGUAGGUGUUAUUGCAUAUUAUUGUUGUCUGCAGCAGGUCAGGGCCUUGCUUUAUUUAGCUAAGCGAUCAUGGCCGACCAACUUGCAGAUGGCCCACCAGCGGCCAAGCGACAGAAAGUAUCAUCUCCACGGCAAAGUAUGGGGUCUGAUCAAGGAGAACUAUUGUGGGAUAUAAUGAACGAUCUUCCUGACGAAUUGAUGGGAACAGGGGAGCCUUCCCAUAAUGGGACAAACGAUUCUCAUAGUGGACAAGACACAACAUCACAAAGACAUGUUCAACUCUCCCAGCUUUUAUCCAGCAAUCCAACUCCACCUCUGAAUAUAGUAAAUUCUCUUCAGAAUGCCCAGAACCGGAGCCCAAAUGUUGGAAGUAUUGCAAAUUCUCUCAACAAUGUGAAAAGUCCUCUCUCGAACAAUUUAUCCUCGCCCCCUCAUGGAUCUGUUGGUAAAGGUGGAGUGAGCGUGGAUGGAAAUUUCCCAUCAAGUAGUGCUACUUUUACAAUGGCAAACAAUAUUUCAAAUAGUACUGUAGCUAUGGCAAGCAGUGUACCGAACGCUGUUUUGAAGGGGAUUCCACAUGGUUCUGGACUUACUAUUGGACAUAAUCAGAUGAUACAGAACGGACCAUUGAGUGGUCCAAAUCGAAGUAUGAGCAUGAACACAAAUAACAUGAGUCAGGCAAUGUCACAAGCCAAUAAUAUGCUUGGAAAUUUGCCUGGUCCACAACAGAUGCAGACUCACCAAAAUUUAGGACUUCCUGGUUUAAAUGCUGCACAAACUCCACAGUUGAUGAAGCCUAAUGGGCCACCCCAUGCAGGAGGCUUCGGUUUCAACAACCCUUCCAAUAUAGCUGGACACCCAUCUUCUACUGCUAGCUAUAAUCAAUCUCUGUCUUCUACCAUGACCACAACAUCAAUUAGUAUGCCAACAAAUGCAAUGAAUACAAAUCAACAGCAUGGUGUAUUGCCCAAUAUAGGUCCCAACACAGCAACAACAUCAGCAUCUGCAGGUACAGUCCCUGGCCCUGGAGGAGCUCAACCACCGACAGCUGACCCCGAAAAGAGGAAGCUUAUUCAGCAACAGUUGGUCCUUCUGCUGCACGCACACAAAUGUCAGAGGAGGGAAACCAGCAAUAAUCAAGGAGAAGUCUGCUCUCUUCCUCAUUGUCGUACCAUGAAGAAUGUUCUCAAUCAUAUGACCCAUUGUAAUGCUGGAAAAUCUUGUCAAGUCGCUCAUUGUGCAUCAUCCAGACAGAUCAUCACCCACUGGAAGAACUGUACACGGAGCGAUUGUCCUGUGUGUCUUCCUUUGAAACAUGCAUCAGACAAGCAACGUCAUCCUGCAGCAACAGUGCUCCUUCCUCAAACUCCAGCAACCAGUGCCCCUGCUAACCCCCUGACAGGUCAGGGACCGCCAGGCGUUACUGACCUUCAGAUGAAGAGAGCUUACGCUGCAUUAGGGCUGUCUCCUCCAUCUCAACAAAAUCCCGUACGGGCACCAGGAGUUCCAGGAGGGUUGAACUCGAACCCGUCAAAUCAGGUGUCACAGCUUUUGGGUGGGUUGCCUCCAGGUGUUGGUGGCUUGGGAACUGGCUUAGGGUCGUCUGACCCACUGGGCCAGAACCCUAACAACCCAGCACAGAACAUGGCACAAACCAACCGAGGCUCUAAGGAAUGGCACCAAAGUGUCACACAGGACCUGAGAAACCACCUAGUCCACAAACUGUUGAGUGGCCUGUGUGUGGAGUUUGGAUUGAGUGUCCAGGCGAUAUUUCCAACCCCAGACCCAGCUGCACUUAAAGACAGAAGAAUGAACAAUCUUGUAGCGUAUGCAAGGAAAGUGGAAGGAGAUAUGUACGAGACUGCCAACAGCAGAGAAGAAUACUAUCACCUAUUGGCAGAGAAAAUUUAUAAAAUUCAAAAGGAAUUGGAAGAGAAGAGGAUGCAGAGGAUUGGUAGGACAGGAGGUGGCCCGCCACAGCCGCAGCUGAGAGCCACAGAAAAUGGCCCCCUGGGAGCUGGUCCACCAUUCACAGCUGAUAUGUUCAGUCUGUCCUCAUCAGCCCCAAUGCCAGCAGGAGGACCAAGGAUGCCCAUGCACUUGACCAGGCCACAAGGCCAGCUUGGACCUCCGAACUCCCAGAAUCCACAACUCAAUCUAGUCUCGGCACAGCUGCAAAGAGAGGUCCAAAGUCUGGAGGCAAAGACUCGCAUGCCCGCGACACUCAUGGCAGGUCAACCCCAGCCUCAGCUGCAGCAGCCAACAUCCCUUCCCCAGUCACAGCAACAAACUCACUUCUCUCAGUUGCCACAGCAGUCACCGAUCUCUGUAUCCCAGGUAUCCCAGUCACCACCCGUGUCCCAGAGUCAGCAAACUACGACGUCCCUGGGGCAGCUGAGUACGACGACCAUGGACCAGCAGACUCUCAACCUGCUCAAUAGUCCAUCCCACUCCCAACAGCAGAGUCAACAGCCAAACCAAAACAUUCAGACCACAGCUGUUCAAAUGUCACAGUCAUCCACCAUCACUGCACCUAGCCAGCAGGUCACAGUUAGUUUACAACAGCCCAUGCCGGAUGUUAAAGUAAAGAUAGAACCAAUAGACAUUCACAACUCUCAGCCCCAGACUUUGUCAGAGGUGCUGUCUGCCCCGUGUACGACAGGAAAUCUACUGGUCAACAACUCCUCCGUCUCCACGUCUGUGAUGGUUAGUUCUCCCAUCACAGUCAUGUCCACAGCAUCCAUGUCAACAGCCAUGGUAUCUGUGGCCACAACAUCUGCUGCUGUCGAUAUCAAACCAGACAUCAAGUCACCAGAGAUCAAAAUGGAGAUGUCAACAGAAGAAAUUAAACAAGAGAGCACAGAGAAUGUCCCGGUGAAAGAAGAACCAGCCAGUGAGAAAAAUUGUGUUAGUUUGGAAGUCCAAACCCCAAAAUCUGCUUUAAGUGCUACGGAAGCUGAGACGUCCCUUGAACAACCUACUCCUAGUCCUAUGAAUGGAAGCACAUCAACUGCUUUAAUUGUCGCCAAUAGUGCUACAGGGGCAACAGCAGCAGCAGCAGCUUCUGCUAAUGCCACGCCAGCCAAGCCAAAACAAAAGAAAACAUUCAAACCAGAUGAGCUAAGACAAGCUCUCAUGCCAACACUUGACAAACUUUGUUGCCAAGACCCAGAAUCCGUGCCUUUCAAACAGCCCGUAGAUCCUAUUUUACUACAGAUUCCAGACUACUUUGAUAUUGUUAAGCGUCCGAUGGAUCUGUCCUCAAUCAGACGAAAGUUAGAUACUGGACAGUACACUGACCCUUGGCAGUAUGUAGACGAUGUUUGGCUCAUGUUUGACAAUGCAUGGCUGUACAACAGGAAGACAUCCAAGGUCUACAGAUUCGCUACAAAGCUGUCUGAAGUGUUUGAGGGGGAAAUUGAUGCAAUUAUGCAAUCCCUGGGAUAUUGUUGUGGCAGAAAGCAUGUGUUCAGUCCUCAGGUUCUGUGUUGUUACGGCAAACAACUCUGUACUAUAUCCAGGGAUGCCAUCUACUACAGCUUUCAAAACAGUCAGAGUCAAAGAAAAACUAGUGACCUUGUUUCCGACAGAUACAUUUACUGUGAAAAAUGCUUCCAAGAAAUCCCAGGAGAUGAAGUGGAAUUAUCAGAUGACCCCACACAAUCUGCAACCUUUAAUACCUUAUCAAGAUUUACAAUGAAUCAUUGCAGCAAAAUCAGGAAGGACCAAUUUGUGCGUAUGAAGAACGACCAGUUGGAUUACGAACCAUUUACAGAAUGCGACGAAUGUGGCAGAAAACUCCACACAAUUUGUGUUCUGCAUUUUGAACCAAUCUGGCCAAAUGGUUUUACUUGUGAAAAUUGUCUGAAAGCCAAAGGAAUGAAAAGAAAGGAAAACAAAUAUAGUGCAAAGAAUUUAGCUUUUUCAGGAAUUCCAAACACCAAACUAGGGACGUACUUGGAAAACCGAGUGAACAACUUCUUAAAGAAGAAAGAUGCUGGAGCUGGAGAUGUUACCAUCAAGGUGCUGUCAAGUAACGACAAAAUAGUUGAGGUGAAGCCAGGCAUGAAGACAAGGUUUGUUGACAACAAUGAGAUGCAGGAGAGCUUUCCGUACCGAGCCAAAGCAAUGUUUGCAUUUGAAGAAAUAGAUGGCACAGAUGUCUGUUUCUUCGGAAUGCAUGUACAAGAAUAUGGAUCAGAAUGUGCAAUGCCCAACACACGGAGAGUUUACAUUUCCUAUCUGGACAGUGUAUACUUCUUCCAGCCUCGACAACUUAGAACUGCAGUGUAUCAUGAGAUUCUUAUAGGCUACCUGGAGUACGUCAAGCAGCUGGGGUAUGUGUGGGCCCAUAUAUGGGCAUGUCCACCUAGUGAGGGGGAUGACUACAUCUUCCAUUGCCAUCCUCCUGAACAAAAAAUUCCAAAACCCAAACGACUGCAGGAGUGGUACAAGAAGAUGCUGGAUAAAGCUAUAAUUGAGCGUUGUGUGAUUGAUUACAAGGAUAUUUACAAAGAUGCCAUAGAGAACAAUGUGCAAUCGGCCACAGAGAUGCCCUACUUUGAGGGUGAUUUCUGGCCCAAUGUGUUGGAGGAGAGCAUCAAGGAGCUGGACCAGGAGGAAGAGGAGAAACGUAAACGUGAGGAGGCUGAGGCAGCAGCUGCAGCGGAGGUGGAGUGUGUCGAGGGCACCGAGGACUGCGACAGUAGUUCUAAUCUUUGUGUCUUGCAGCAAAAUGGCACAGGAAAGAAGAAAGGCAAAGGAGGCAGGAACAAAAAGGCCAACAAGAGCAAGAACAAUCAAAGGAAAAACAACAAGAAAACCAAUAUGCCACAUGGUGGAAAUAAUCUCUCCCAGAAGUUGUAUGCUACUAUGGAGAAGCACAAAGAGGUGUUUUUUGUGAUCCGUCUACACAGCCAACAAGUGGCUCUUACUCUUCCGCCCAUACAGGAUCCCGAUCCGUACAUCUCAUGUGAUCUUAUGGACGGUCGUGAUGCUUUCUUGACAAUGGCUCGUGACAAACACCAGGAGUUCUCGUCACUACGGAGAGCUAAGCUCUCCACUAUGGCUCUGUUGUACGAGCUGCACAACCAAGGGAGAGACAAUUUUGUUUACACCUGCAAUAACUGUAAAGCUCAUGUGGAAACUCGGUGGCACUGCAGAGUGUGUGAGGAUUAUGAUAUGUGUUCAACGUGCUAUGAAAAGAUUGGUCAUACUCACAAGAUGGACAAAUUAGGUCUUGACUUGGACGAUGGUUCAUUACCUUCAGAAAAGCCAGAAAAUCCUGCAGAAUCUCGUCGCCAAUCUAUUCAGCGUUGUAUACAAUCUCUGGUACAUGCUUGUCAGUGCAAGGACGCUAAUUGUAAACUACCAAGUUGUUUAAAGAUGAAGCGUGUGGUUUCACAUACAAAGGGUUGUAGGAAAAAGACCAACGGUGUGUGUCCGAUCUGUAAGCAGCUGAUAGCUCUGUGUCUAUAUCACGCGAAACAUUGUACGGAGAACAAGUGUCAGGUGCCAUUCUGUUUGCAAAUUAAACAUAAACUGAGGCAGCAGCAGUUGCAGCAUCGGCUUCAGCAAGCCCAGAUGCUGAGGAGGAGAAUGGCUUCCAUGCAACGAGGUGGAACCACAACUACACCAGUAACGCAGGUGGCUUCUCAGCCAUCCCCCUCCACUACUCCCAUCCUACAACCGGCCAUCCCGGGCAAGCCAGCUACGGGCCCUCCCCAAGGCGCCCUAGAGGCAGCUCAGUUGGCCAAGGAAGCGGCUCAGAGGCAAGCAGAGAUGAGUAUGGGCAAACCUGUGAUGACAACUGCGUCGCCCAUGCCACCUCCAAUGCCUUCUACCAUGAGCCAGUCAAUCCCAGCUCAAAAAGUGCCAAUGCAGACAUGGACACAGCAGCAACAGUAUCCUCAACAAAAUCCCAACCCCAGUCUGCACCCGGAUAUGACACAGAACACUAUAUAUCCGAGACCAAAUCCUCAGCAACAACAGCCUCCCAUCAACCCACCACAGACAGGGCCCAACGCACCGCGGCCUCCAACCACACCGCUUCAACAGUUGUUGGCAACUCUCAAAUCUCCGGCUUCUCCGCAACAACAGCAACAAGUACUUCACAUUCUAAAAACUCACCCGCAACUCAUGGCAGCUUUCUUAAAACAAAGGACACAACAGCAGACUCAAAAUCAACAGCCACAUCCCCAACAACAACAACAGCCCCAACCCAACCAUCCGAUGUGGUAUCAACAGCAACAACAACAACAGCAACAACAACAACAACAGCAGCAGCAGCAACAACAACAGCGUAUUCGACUCCUUCAACAACAACAACAGCAGCAGCAGCAACAACAACAACAGCAUCAACAGCAGCAACAACAACAUCAACCGCUGACGAUGCCACAAUUCCAGCAGCCCCAGCCUCAGUAUACUCAAGUACAACGACCACGUAUCCCCUACACGGGACAGCAGGCCUACCAGGCGGAUGGAAAUGGUCAGCACAUGUCGCCACAGUUUCAACAGCAACAAAUGAUGCAACAAGUACAGCAACAACAGGCACAGCUGAGACACCAGCUGUCUGCCGGGGGCAAGCCUGUCCAGGUUAAUGCUCAGAUGUCUGCCCAACAGGCAGUUAGUAACCAACAACUUAUGCAGCAAGUGCGAUCGCCCACGUCGGCAUCGUUACCACAGACUGUUCGUUCUCCCCAGCCCACUUUAUCACCCCGGCAGCAGCUGAACCCAUCGCCGCGGCAACCACAAAUGUCGCCACAUCAUGUUGUGUCUAGUUCACCUCACCCGGGCGCCGUGGGAGGUGACCCAAGUCAAAUGAAUCAGGACGCUAGUUUACUGUUGAGUGGUGGUAUGUCAUUGCAGAACCAGCCCCCAGACGGGGGUCUCAGUCUACCACAAGACACUGAGGUCACUCCACAAGACCAGUUAUCACGUUACGUGGAGACAUUGUAGCACAUAUUAUUGUUAGGCUUUGUGACGACAUUUUACUACAGAAAUUAUGGUGUCAGUGACAUUAUAACAAAGAGACUUAUGUUAUGUGUCCGAUUGUUUUUCACCCAUGUAUUGACUUUUUUUUUUCCAGAACAAAUUAUCAACAGAUUUUUUUCUUGUGUCAGACAGAAAAUGUUUUAAUAUAUUUUAUUUUAUAUGACUAGGAAAACGUUUUGUGUGUUGGUGUGUUACUAGAUGUGUGAUUUCUACGUAUGCUUGCGGGGAAGAAAUUAUGUAUGAAUGAUUUUUGAUGAGCGAGAGUUUGUUAAGUUGUGACAAUAUCAGGUAUAAAGAGUAAGACAGUUUGCAUGGUGAGACAAAUGUUUUUUGUUACUGUCUUGUACAAGUUUAAAACGUUAACAGUUCCAAUGUCUUUCUUUAUACAAUAAAUUUUAUCAUCUCAGCCUUUGAAUAAGAACCAGAUUCAUGUAAUGAUUUUAUUAGGGAACGAAAUCGGUUUGGUGGACAGUUAAACUUGUGUAAGCCAACCGAGUAUAUCAUGUAUUACGCAUCCUUUAAGCUACUCUGUAGUCAUAGAAAAGGAGUGCAAAUGAGGAAUGUGCUAUUGUAGAAUUUUUAAGUUGGAAACAAUUUCCAUUGUGUUUUCCAUUCAAAGAUGGCUGUAUAGUUGUAUGAUUCCUAAAUUAAAUUAAUUUUUCCCUUUCUGUAGAUUAAGAUAUUUUUCAUUGACCUUACCAUAACCAAACCCUAUAGACACUAUAAAUUCACUAUUAAAUGAAUUACCAUGCUGUUUGUACAUUUUGUAAUACUUCAUAGUACUGUGUCAUUUCCAUGUCAUCCAUUAGUUUGUCAACUGGUCAGAAAUCACACAAAUCACAUUAUUUGGGUAGUGUUGAGUUUUCAGUGGUGUGCUGGAAUGCCCAUAACACAACCUGCAAACGUUGUAUAAAUACAGUGAUGAUAAACAAAGAGAA